AUGAAACGGUGCUUCGAGCUGGUCCUCCUGGUGCUGCUAAUUCUGCCAGUAAUCGCAUCUCUCGCCGAUGCAGCGGACACGUAUGCGACCUCAAGCCGACCUAGAGCCGCUGGUCCUGACGACACUCCCCCCAGCACCACCACUCCUCCCAGCACCACCACCCCUCCCGGCACCACCACUCCCCCCACCACCACCACUCCCCUCGGCACCACCACCCCUCCCGGCACCACCACUCCCCCCACCACCACCACUCCUCCAGGCACCACCACUGAUGAAGACGAUAGCACUGGUGGCGGAAGUUUCACCAUCAGCAGCAGCAACAACAGCAGCAGCCCAGAUGGCAACAGUGGCAGCAGCAGCAGCAGCAACAGCAGUGGUGGCAGCAGGGCAAGGGCAAGCCCGGUGCCACCUCCCCCACCAGCGAUUCCGUCCUACGGCUGUAACGUGGACUUCAGCGCCCUCUCCAACGGGAAUAUCACAUCUCUGUCCGCCUGCUCUGGCCCGUCUCCAUCGCCAGACGCGUGCUGCGGCCCUCUCCUGGCGUUCCAGAGGAGCUUCGCUGUGAGGGAGCCCAUGUUCUUCCUCGCCAUCACUACACAGCCCGAGCUCAACACGCCCUGCAGAAAGUCCCUCCAGGCGCAUCUGCAGGCAUCACCUGUGCGCCCGCGCAUCACUGCCAACGUUCUCUCCCUCUGCAACCCUCCCACCAACGCCUCUUCCUCCUCCUCUUCCUCCUCCUCUUCGUCCUCCUCUUCGUCCUCCUCUCGCCGCAGUCUGUUCCCUCUGGUGGCAGUGGAUCCGCCAAGCAACAAGUGCCCUGUGGUGUGGGUUCAGGACGUUGAUCGACUUCAAAACGUCUCUCGCCUGGCCAAGGCAUGCGCCUCCGCAGAUACAGCCUGCUCCAGAUGCGCCUUCACCCUGUCUGCUGCAGCAGCCGCCCUGGCCCGCUACAGCCCGGCUGUAGCAGCACGCACUGCAGCAAGGGGAAGUGCGGGUAAUGCGACCAUGGCUGCCGGUGAACCCACCACUGCACCGUCUGAAGCGGUCAUGGAUGACUGUGCGCGUGUGACAUUCGUGAGGGUUGCCCAGGCCCAG